AGAGGCAGUCUGCGGACUGGAGCUUCCUGGUGGCCCAGGUUGGGCUGAGGUAUGGGGGCCUGUCUUCUGCUUAGUUGCACAGAGACUGGAAGGUGUCCGAGAUGAUAGGGGCUGCCCAGGCUGCGGCGUGAGGGAAUAGAGAGCCCACGGGAGAGAGGGCCCGCUUGAGCUCCAGGGCCCUUGCUGUGCCCUUUACAACUGACUAGCCUGCUAGCCCUAGGCCUGGUCUUGACCUAAUCCAUGCCAGCAGGGCCUAGUCAAGAACAGCUCGUCGUCCAGACCUGCCCCCACCGAGUCUCUGCAGAUCUCUCCCAGCCAGCACCGACCCUGCCUGGCCUCGGGAGGCGCUCCGGGUAGAUGGAAGGAGGGAGGGACAGAAACUACCUUCAGGAAACAUGGGGUUCACAAAGGUAAGGGGCUCACGGCCUGUGCUCCGGGCGCCUCCCUUGGUGCACGGUGUUCUGCAGGGGCAGCUUUCGCCACAAAGCCGCUUUCACUGGACAUUUGAGAUACGCCGAUGGCUGACCUCACACAGACGUCCUCAGCCACCUGUCCGUGGGUUCCUGUGGACAGGUUCCUGUGAGCAAAAGCGGCCCAUCCAAGUAGGUAACUCUCGGUAAGGACUUGACCCGUAGCCCCUCGCUGCUUUCCGGACAGCGCCCGUGGCCAUGCUGGAGGGAGCAUCACGCGCCCCUGCUAUCAGCGCUGGUGUGAGGUUCGACCUUGGUCUGUUUCCUGACUGUGGGUUCUUUCAUUAGGUUGUCCACAUUCCGUGUUCCUACGCCAGUGUUGAUUUUUCUCGUUUUUGUGAGGUUUUUACCCUGAUAGCUUAUCUCGGCCUCAACUUGUUGCAAUCUUUUUUUCCCCACGUGUAGUCCGCUUUUUCUCAGUUUUUUGUGUUUUCUGACACAUACUAGAAUCUACUCGCCUUUUCCUUUGAUACUUUCCGUUGUUUUUAUAGUUAAGAACACAUCCCUAUACAAAAAAAUAAAAUCAGUUAUCAUUUAAAGUGGAAAAAAGUACCCACUUCCAGGGGAAAGACUCCAGAACAGAGUUCCAAGAGGCCUGAGGCACAGACACCUGCCCUGAGGGCUCCCACCAUGCCCAAGCAGCUUUCCAGGGCGUCUGAUCUGAGGAGCGCGCUUGGGAGCAGGUAGCAAGAGUCCAGGCCCAAUCCCAUCCUACCCUUCCCAGCAGGGCUGUCCCCAGUUGUCUGAGCUCCCCGGGUCCUGAGGCUGACCCUCCCAGCCUGUGGCCUGUCUGGGCCUUGGAGUUCCACCAGUAACAUGGGAGCACUCACAGGGUUAAGGAGCAGUCCUGGACCAGGUAGGGCCCAACAAUGGUAGGCCCCUUCACAAUGGUUUCCAGGCAACAGGUUUCCCUUCUCUGAGGAAAAGGGGUCAGACGAGGAAAGGGGCAGGAGCCAAAGGCGCUGUUGAGGCAAGAUGACAGCUACUCCGAAACACAACCUCUUCACGCCAGAACCGCACUACAUCCCUGGCUACGCGGGGUUCUAUCCGCAGCUGCGCUAUCAGGUGGGAAACACCUACGGGCGCACCACAGCACAGCUGCUCACAGACCCCAGCGUGCAGAAGAGCCCCUGCUCCGUGCUGUCCCCCAUAUCCAAGCCCAAGUUCAUCGAGGACUUCAGCAAGCCCAAGCCACCUUGGAUACCCUGCCGGGACCUGACUGAGCCCUAUGUCCCCCACUACACCGGUCUGAAGCCCUACAAGAACUUUGAGAUCCUGGGCCGGUUCUCACCCCAGGAGGGGAAUGCCCAGAAGGGGCCGCAGGGGGUAGAGAGCAUAUCCAGGCAGGUCCUGCUGCCUGCGGGCUUCAUGCCCUAUGCCCCCUACCCCCCAUGCCCGCCAGGCAGGAAGGGGGGCUCCAGAGACUUUGGACACCCAGGCCUGCGGCUGGCAUACGGAGAAGAGGCCUGGAAGAGCACCACCCCCGUCCACGGGGCCCCUGGGCGGGACCAGCUGCACCACUGCAGGAGGGAUGAAUCCCCACCCCCUGCUCAGCAGCAGGAGACCCUCGACGUGGGCAGGUUCCACAGGCUGCCGCAGCUCGACCACCCCAACCUGAUCCAACGCAAAGCCAUCUCAGGUUAUGCUGGCUUUGUCCCCCGGUUUGCCUGGGUGAUGGGGGUGAACUACCGUGACGGUGUCGCACAGGCCAUGGAUGAGUUCAGCAAGAACCAGUUCCUAUUCAGAAACCCCAUCUGUGCCCUGGGGGAGCGGCUGCCCAAAACACACUGGCCUAGCAACACCAUCUACAGCAGCCAGGGCCUGAUCCCUUUCUACAUGGGCUUCAUACCAUCCAUGCAGGACAACUACGCGCUGACGUUUGGCAACAGCACCCGCAAGGCCUAUCGGAAGGAACUGGAGAGGCGACACCAGACACUAUGAAAAUGCUUUAAU